CUCUCGGUCCCGCCCUCCGGGAGGGGCGGCCCCAUGCCUGGCCCCGGCCCCUGCCUCGGUCCCGCCUCCGCGGAGCGGCGCGGAGAGAAGCGCGGAGAGGCGCGGAACCCUGAGGAGCUGCGGAGAUGUUGAGCUCACCCUGGGCGCGUUUCUACUCCAACAGCUGCUGCCUCUGCUGCCAUGUCCGCACCGGAACCAUCAUCCUCGGCAUCUGGUACCUGAUUAUCAAUUCAGUGGUUUUGCUGAUUCUGCUGAGUGCCCUGACUGAUCCUGACCAGUACCACUUAACCAGUGCUGAACUAGGGGGUGAAUUUGAAUUUAUGGAUGAUGCCAAUAUGUGCAUUGCCACAGCAAUUUCUCUUCUUAUGAUUCUGAUAUGUGCGAUGGCUACAUAUGGUGCAUAUAAGCAACAUGCAGCUUGGAUCAUCCCUUUCUUCUGCUACCAGAUCUUUGACUUUGCUCUCAACACAUUGGUUGCCAUCAGUGUACUUGUCUAUCCCGGCACAAUCCAGGACUACCUACGUCAGCUGCCUGCUAAUUUUCCCUACAAGGAAGAGAUUAUGUCUGUGAACCCUACGUGUCUGGUUGUGAUUAUCCUCCUUUUCAUAAGUAUCAUUUUGGCUUUUAAGGGUUACUUGAUAAGCUGCGUGUGGAACUGUUACCGAUACAUUAACAGCAGAAACAACUCAGAUGUAUUGGUGUACAUUACCACCAAUGACACUGCGGUCUUGCUGCCACCAUAUGAUGAUUCUGCAAAUGGAACUGCUAAAGACCCACCUCCACCUUAUGUGUCAGCAUAAGUGAGAGAGUGCUGUGUACCUAGGGAGGAUAGCUUUACUUUUCAGACAUUGGAGCAAUAGUUUGAUAAUUUCACUUCUGGGAUACAACCUCCGUGGUUAUACUUUGAUGUUUUGCUGACAUAUUGAAACCUAAAUUGUAUGAUUCAAAUUCUGUAGAUAGUUUUAAGAAUUUGCUGCAACUACAGUAGUGUUUCAGAAUCUAGUGAACUUGUUUCAGAACAAUUCUGGAUAGAGCUAAAGUUAUGGUAGUCAUUUAAUAGCUUUUUCCACCAUGUCUGACAUGCAGUGCUAGAGAACAUAGAACUCUGCAUUCUCAACCGGGUUCAGAGUGGAACUUUUUUUUUUUAAUUGAUAAAACAUCCAAAGCAUUACAAAUGUGUUUCUUCUAUACCCACUGUCACCU